ACCCCAAAAAGCCUCUGCUGCUGCUGCUGGCUGCCGCGCGCUCAGUGAUUAUUCCACUCUCGCGCAGCCGAGUGUCGGCAGCUUCAAAGCGCAGCAUCACUUUCUUUCUUUUCCUUGUCUUUCCCAGUCACCGCACUACGAUUCCGCGAGGUGAGCUUCAUAGCCUCAUGGCUCCACACCUCAGCACCUGACUAUGCUUACCAGCAAGCAACCCGCCGGGACACGAAAACGGGUUUAAAAACGUGGGGUGUGUAGGAGCCGACAAAUGCUCGAGACCCGCGGCAGGUGGCCCCAGACCCGACGGGGAGGGAGACAAGCAGAGCAGUGAUGGGACAGUUUUCCGGAGGAUGCUGCUGGAGUUUUCCCAUCCUCGUGCUCCUUGGUUUACAAGUCCCGGUCACUUUAGCUCGAGCUCCCAGAGGUGAAGCCCUGCAGCAUGGCCAGUCUGGGACCCUGCCCCGCUUCUUGGAGGAGCCUAUCGAUGCUUACAUUAUCAAGAGUAACCCAAUUAAGCUCAGAUGUCAGGCUCGGCCUGCACUCCAGAUCUUCUUCAAGUGCAAUGGUGAAUGGGUCCACCAGAGCCAGCACAUGUCUCAAGAGCACACUGAUGUCGUGACAGGGCUGAAGAUCCGUGAAGUGAUGAUCAACGUGUCACGUCAGCAGGUGGAGGACUUUCAUGGCCCGGAGGAUUACUGGUGUUUGUGUGUUGCCUGGAGUCACCUGGGAACCUCCAAGAGCCGCAAGGCAAGCGUCCGGAUUGCCUACCUGAGAAAGAACUUUGAGCAGGACCCUCAGGGCACCGAGGUGCCUCUGAAUGGCAUGAUUGUUCUGCACUGUCGUCCCCCAGAGGGAGUGCCGGUGGCUGAGGUGGAAUGGCUGAAAAACGAAGAGCCUCUGAAUGUUGGUGAUGAUGGCAUGAUCAGUAAAAAAGGUGACCAUGAUCUAAUCAUCUCAGAAGCCCGCCUCUCUGACUCUGGGAACUAUACCUGUGUUGCCAGCAACAUUGUGGCCAAGAGACGUAGUGGCACAGCUAUGGUGGUAGUCUACGUGAAUGGAGGCUGGUCGUCGUGGACUGACUGGUCCGCCUGUAACGUGCGCUGUGGGCGAGGUGUGCAGAAACGUUCGCGAACUUGCACAAAUCCAGCUCCUCUCAAUGGCGGAGCCUUAUGCGAGGGCAUGUCAGUGCAGAAGAGCACAUGCAACACAGUGUGUCCAGUCGACGGAGGCUGGGGGGAGUGGAGUGAGUGGUCUGUGUGUAGUUCAGACUGCGAUAGGCAACGCAGCAGAGAGUGCACGGCUCCUGAGCCCAAGCAUGGAGGACGACUCUGUGACGGGGUGGCUUUGGCUGCGGAAAACUGCACGGGCGGCCUCUGCACACAGAAUCGGAAGUUGCUCCAUGAUGCAAAGCCACAAGGAGUGGAAAGAACCAGUGAUGUGGCCCUGUACUCAGGCUUGGCUGCAGGAGUGGUGACCGUGGUGCUGUUGAUCAUCGCCGUCACUCUGUAUCGGCGGAGCCAAAGUGAGUACGGGGUUGAUGUCAUCGACUCCUCUGCCCUCACUGGGGGCUUCCAGUCUUUCAGCUUCAAGACUUCUCGUCAAGCAAACCCCCUGCUUAUUAAUUCAUCCAUGCAGCCUGAUCUGACAGUGUCCCGUACAUAUACCAGCCCCAUAUGUUUCCAGGACUCUAUUGACAAGGAGUUAAUGGCCGAGCACGCCCUCCUCGACCCGCUGCCUGAUCUUAAGGCAAAAGGGGCGACAGAAAGAGCAGAGUACCACGUUAUGGCCCACCCUCAGACAUUUCCACGAGGCUUGGCUCCAGACUACAGAGAGGUUGCAGUAGGGACAACGUUGGGCAGGAGAGGCAAAAACCUUUUCACUCCACGGGUUUUUCAGACACUCAGCAGGCCUCUGCACAAAGCAACGGCAGUGUUUGGCCAUGCUGGAGGCAGGCUGGUGGUACCCAAUACAGGUAUCAGUCUGUUGGUGCCUCACGGGGGGAUUGCAGAAGACACUACCUGGGAAAUGUACAUGAGCAUCAACCAGGAGGACAGCAGCACUGUGCCAGAGGAUGGGGCUGAGAUCUUUUUGAGUCCUGCAGUCACUUAUGGUCCACCAGGCCUCGACCUGUCUUGUCCAAUAGCCAUGACCAUUGCACAUUGUGCGGAAGUCGCUGCUGACAACUGGACCAUCAGGUUAAAGAGACAAAUCCAGGACAGGUGGGAGGAAGUGAUGUCAGUGGAUGAGGAGACCACAUCCUGCUACUGUCUGCUAGAGGCCCAGAGGUGCCAUUUACUGUUGGAGCAGCCGGGUCGUUACGUUCUGGUGGGGGAGACGCUGAACCAGGAGGCUGCCAAGCGACUGAGGCUUGCCGUCUUUGGCAGUCCAGAUCCAAGCAACUCCCUGGGCUUCACCCUCAGGGUGUACUGUGUGGAUGACACUCCCUACGCGUUUCAGCAGGUAGCCGUGGGGGAGCGCAGCAGGGGUGGACGGCUGCUCGAAGAACCUAAAAUUAUGCUGUUUAAGGGGAACGCUUUCAGCCUCCAGGUGUCCAUCCAGGACGUCCCACGGUUACUCUGGAGCAUCAAGCCUUUUACCACCUGCCAGGAGUUCUCCUUUUCUCAGGUGUGGGCUAGUAACCGGAGUCCCCUGCAGUGUGCCUUUUCUUUGGAGCGAUACAGCCUCUCCACGUCUCAGUUGUCCUGCAAGAUCAGCGUGCGGCAGGUCACAGGAGAGGAGCAGAUACUCCAGAUCUACGCGUCUGUUGUGGAGAAUGAAAAUGGAGUGGCCCCCUUUUUCACUCAAUCCGACUGCACCAUCACCUCCCAGACAGGGUCAAAGGCCUUCAAAAUCCCCUCGUCCAUCCGUCAGCGGAUCAGCGCCACCUUUGACACGGCUAAUGCCAACGGGAAGGACUGGCAGCUGCUGGCUCAGAAGCUCCACAUAGAGAGGAACCUGGGCUACUUUGCAUGCCAGGAGAGCCCAUCCUCAGUGAUUCUGAGCCUUUGGGAAGCCCAGCACCAGGACUUCGGGGACCUGGACUCUCUGGCCAGUGCCCUUGAGGAAAUCGGAAAAGUCCAGUCCCCCAGGGAAGCUGCCACUCUCAGCUGCAGUAAAGAAGACUCUGAACUGACAAAACUCGGCCUGCCAUGGUGAGAUCUGCAUCGCUUCAGAAGAAAAUAGAAAACAGUGGCUGCUUAAGUUCUACAGACAUUUAAAGUUAGUAAAAGUAUCAUUGGAGAGAUAUUUUGUUGUUUCUACUACUGCCUUUUAAAUAUGUUUAAUAUAUGACAUGAAAAAUGAAUCUUUAAUAUUUAUGAUUUAAAAGUUACAUUGAUAAUUAAUUAAUUAAAGUGUGUGUUUGAUUUGAAACAUUUUAAUACAAAUUAUGUACUGAAAAUUUUAGUUAAGUGCUAUAUGAAUGUUAAUGUUGGGAAAAGAGUGAUAGCCAUACCGCUAAUCAGUAUUGAUGCUUUCUUUGUCCUUGUUCUAGUUUUUCUUUUUUUUUCCUUUUCAAAAUUAAAAAUUUUGAUGCUGUAUAUAUUGUAUUGUGUUGAAAUAAAUAUGCAGUGAAAGUGU